AUGCCCUUCUCUUAUGUCGUUGAGCACAUGGAGGAGGACGAGAAUACGCCGAAAUCUCUGCCAAGAUGGGUAGAACUUGAGUACAUGCACAUGCGCACGCUGGCUGGACACGGGGCAACUGUGCACUUCACGCACCUCUCCGAGUCGUCUUCGAGCACACUCACGUCCCUUUUCGGGGACACAAAACCUUCGCACGCGAGCGCAUACGCGCACCGAAAACCAUUGCUUGAGCUCAUGAAAGAGAAGGACGUGUCACUGGAGAAGGUCUGCUUGCUAGAUCCGAAGGCGGAGAAGGAGUUGGGACCGGAAGACGGCGACGGGCGGUUCGAGUGGUUCUUGUUUGGGGUAGGAGACGACCCUCCACGAGACAGGACGUCCGAGCUGCGGGCCCUGGGCUUCCCCGGCCGACACCUGGGCCCCGUGCAGAUGACUACAGACACCGCUCUCGGGGUCACGAAAAUUGUGGUACAGGACAAGACUCCCCUGUCCAAGAUUCCGUAUAUCGACUUCCCCACCAUCACGUUCAACGCGAAGGAGAGUGUCGAGAUGCCGUUCCGCUACAUAGCCCACGGACAGGAACCCACACUUCCGCCUGGUAUGCGCGACCAUCUGAAGGAGGACCUGGACAAAAGUUUCGACUUUUGA